CUCUAGCACGGUUAGCAACCAAACCAACCUGCAAAUUCUCACUUUCCUUUCCAAGAGAAAAAAGUGUAUUUUAAUUUCUAGGGUCUGUCAUUUUCCCUUCUCCCUUCCUUCCACCUUCUUUCGAAUCUUUCCCCAGCAGCAUUAUUCCAUCCCUUAAUCACAAAAAACAGACAAGAAAUUGGCUAACAAAGCACAAAUAAGCAGGCACGGGCAGCAGCUUCCUUCAUUGAGUUUUCUUCUCUUCAUUUGCUUCCGAUUUCCCUUUCCCGUCUCUUGUUGUCCACCCAAUUGCAUGGGGUCCAUGGAGAUUUCUGGGUCACCUUUCUUUACAUCUCUAAUGGCGUCUUUACUCUGAUACGCUGGGGGGAAAAACCAAACUUUUCCGCUCCCACCAUUUUGCCUUUCCUUUGUUAAGAAAGCCGGGAGCUCUUUCUGCUAUUGAGCUAUAAGAAAGAUUGCGCCUUUUCUUUUUAAUUUGGGCUUUCUCCUUUCUUCUCUUCUGUGAGAGUAGAGAGAUGCAAUCGGAUAGGUCUGAUUCCUCCGGCCCGAUUGCUCAGCGGCUUCUCUCCGUGACCGCAACGGCUGAUAUCGGGGGAAAGCAUAGGAUACUUGCCGAGGUCAAGCGGCUCGAGCAAGAAUCGAGAUUCUUAGAGGAAGAGCUUGAACUGCUUGAUAAGAUAGGGAAAGCAUCAGCUUCAUGCAAGGAAUUGCUGAGCAAUGUAGAGAGCAGACCUGAUCCUCUGUUGCAAACAACGAAUGGUCCCAUAAACCCAUCAUGGGAUCGAUGGUUCGAAGGCCCCCCAGAAUCCAAAGGCUGCAAGUGCUGGAUUCUCUGACCCCCCACUACCACAUUGCUGAUUCCAGACUCUUUGGACUUCGAUUCUUAUUUGUUGGUAGAGGACCUAAAGGAAUUUUACAGAGUUGUUCAGAGAGACUUGUUUGAUGUAAUGCUUCUUGUGCAUAAUUUUUUCAUAGCAGAUCUUUAACAAAAUGCUUUCAUUGCGCCAAACAAUAAACCAUGAGAAUGUGUUUGCCAAUCGUUAAAAGCACGAAUAUCAAAUACAAUCAGAUGGUGUAC